AUGACUCUUUGCCGUCUGCCCGCCUCCCCGCCAAGUUUCUUAGCAUGCCCUGGCUUGCCUGACAUAUACCACACACAGUCGCCCAUAGCAAUUAAUAUGCAAGCCCCGGCUAUGAAGCUGAAGCUGAAGCUCAACCUACCUUACCAACAGCACAUGUCUCUCCCAGCUUCCACCAGUUCCUUGCUUCUCUCUCAGAAACAGUCUUCGCACACUGCAUAUUUGGCAUGUUCCAGAAGCCGCGCCAUCUGCGUUCCUCAUCUCCCCCAUGAACUUGUGCUACCCAACGAUGACCAGGUUAAUCAAGGUAAACAAGAGAUUUUUCCAAUUUUUGACGGCAUGCAAAAUGAAAAACGGCCCCGAUAUCUGCUAACCGGUGCAACAUUGGCACGCUGCCCCUCUCUGUCGGUAAUUGGGACCGAGCAGCCCAGCCGUUACCAAUCGCUAAGUGAUAAGUGGAUUAUCCUCCUCGACUCUCCCGUUUCCCGUUUCCCGUUCAGUCCAAGGUCCACCGUCCACCCCUCCAGAACGCCGCUGGUCUCUCAGACUCUCAUAGCAGCAAGGAAGAAAUAUGACCACUCAAGUAUCCCGUACGAAUACCCGACGGCAACGGGCGAGAGCCAUGCGGUGAAGUCAUUAUCAGAUGCUUUUGCCGUUUCUUCUUUGCUUUACCGUCCAAGCACCGUCAAGUCCUCCACCAACCACAUUGCUCAAUCCCAACCACUGCCCGCUCUUGUCUUCCAGUCUGUAUGGAAUGACCUGGAUCACCUUCCCCUCCGAACCUCGGCCAACCGCGUGCCACACAUCGUGGGAAGGGGUUCCCGACCUAAACCUGCUUCACGGCAGAGUGUCCCGACCGUCCAACCCCCCGCACCUUUCAUUCGCCCAAACCGCCUCUUCAGGGUUGAUACCGGCAAGCGUCAAUAUGCAAACUCUCUCCCAGAAACACGCCAGCUGCCUCAUCUACACGACCUCACCUUCUCUACGUUCGGCUACCCCCAAAUCCAAUUGGCAAAGAAAAUUGCCCGACUGGACGCUGAACUUAGCAAGCCGCCUAUGCUAUCGCCCUACGUCCGGGUACCGGCUUUCUUACUGUCCAAACGGAACAAAUGGCGCUCUACGAAUACCUUACGUUUCCAUUGUGCAUACCGGAUGGGGUUCCGUCAGUCUAGGCCUCCAUCGCCCACAGUCUACGCGUUCAACGCCUUGCAAUCAACAACAGAGACGUCGUCGCCGUCAUAUCGAAAGGCCCAGCCAGCGAUAUCAAUAUGCGCGACUAAUCAUCUUGGGGGCCUUCCAUCAUUUAACAUUAUGGAUAAGCACCCACCCGCCGCCGCCGAAGCUUCCAAGCUUCUACCAUUUGCAGUCCCUUGGACCCCCAAUUUUAAAACCAGAAUUCCCUACAGGGCUACGCAGAUUAGCCUCAGCGAGGCUGCCAGCGAGGGAAGGCGAAUCGACCAAGGCCCCGAUAAGAGCACCCGUCAGAUUGAGCCCUGCGUCGAUCAUCCUCGGCUCCCUCUGGGCUCUCGACUCGUCCUCUCCUCGUCCUUUGACCUCUCUGGCCGUCUGGCCGUCGUCCUUACUCUCUGUGUACAGAGUACGGCUACCCAUCCAGCAUUGUUCAUCGCAACUCUGUACCGCGGCACAGCCACCCCGUUGCUCUCUGCCGAUCCAUCCGGGCAGGACGCUAGAGAACAUCCACAUUCGUCUAUCGCGAACCUGUGUCGCGUCGAGGCUAGCUCUUGCGGUGCGGUGUCACCAAUCCGCGCAUGGCAAACGUUUCGCGCCAGUAGACGCGCUACCGAGAGGAUAAACACCAAAUUGGGCCGCGAAGAUAGACCUAGGACCCAGCCUUCCGGUUGUCACAUUUGGCAUUCUCUCAGAAAGUCCGCGGAAGUUUCUCUCUGUCGUUUGAUUCUUGAGAGCGCCCACAUCGAACCUCUCGGACCAUCUCUGUAUGCUACAUUAUCCCGGAGCAUUGCACGACCUCUUGACACCUCGCCCAUUAUUAGUGAGGAAGACCGACACGCCAGAUCUUAUCGUUCAUCUCAAAAAAAACUCACUGACACCGUCCCCGUCCGUCCAUUCAUGGCUCAUAAUUGCCCUCCUGAGAAAACAAGUCCCAUCAUCAUUUCCCAAGAGUCCGAGACCCCGUUAGCAAACAUCCAUCAACCGGUCACCCGUCGCACUGAACCACGGCCGAACGCACAUCCAAACCUAAUAUGGAAGAACCGCCUCGUUGCUUACUCCGGAAGAGGCAAGGACAACUGCCCAUCUCUUCUACAGACUUCGACGCUAGAGCCUCUCCGAUCUGACGCCCGCCGCUCCCCUACGCCAGGCUUACACUACAUUAAUAGGAUCCGAACGACGGCUCGCUCGGCCGAGUCCCUCCUCCAGUGCCCCUUUUCUUUUUCUGUUAGCCGCCUCUUUGUGUUUAAGCUCGCAGAUCGCAGCUCAACCGCAAAUCAUCCGCCAUCAUUCCGAGCGACCCCUCUUGACCACGGACUUGAGUUGCUUCCCGAAGCUAGAGCGCCCGUGCCGACAUCGCCCACAGAAUCCGAACCUACCAACCAAGUAUCUACCACUUCCCGGGCUUCCCAGGUGCUCAAAGUAAACCUUGACAUCUCAUAUCUUGAUGCCUCUUGGUUCUUUUCAGGAGCUGGCUUGAUCUCGUCUGGGGGGGAAACAUCUUUAGAGAACCGUACGGACACUCUCCAGAUUGGGAGAACCUUGCGUACCAUCCAGAUUACCCGCCCAUCCGAGCUCCGAACCGACCUCAUCUCACCUUGGGUUCCGCGUUAUCCCCGGCCGUCCUCGUCGUCGCACCAGAGCUGCGUGUCGGGCUUCAUCGCUGCACAUCGGGCUUCUCUGCUCUGUUAA